UCUAGGGCUUCUGCUUUGGUGAAUCGGUGCUUCAAUUCUCGGAUUCUCUCGUCUGCUAAACAGUCUCUCUCUCUCUUUCUCUCUCUCUCAGCUUUUCGGUUUACUCUUUCCUCUACCUCCACUCCACUCCCCUCCUUUCUCAGCUGAAGGUCGAAGAAGAUGGUUUUGAUUUCACGACAAUAGGACCAACAUUGUCCAAAUUCUAACCCAGCAUCGGUUGCAACCCAAAUCCGAAUACCUCGGGUAACAAAGCCCGACAGAGUUCAAAGACGAAGAAGGUGGAAUUGGGGAGCUAUUCAGUCUCAAUUUCAGCAAUCAAAGCUUGUAAUCAUGUAUGGAGGAGAUGAAGUAUCGGCCAUAGUCGUAGACUUAGGUUCGCACACCUGUAAGGGUGGUUAUGCUGGUGAAGACGCCCCCAAAGCUGUGUUUCCUUCUGUGGUUGGAUCGAUUGAUCAAAUGGAUGUUGAUGACUCUGAUAAUCCUGAAAAGAACUCAGCCUCUGUUACAGAGACUAAGAAUGUCAAGGGAAAACGCAAGCUAUAUGUUGGAUCGCAGGCAUUAGGAUUCCGUCGGGAUCAUAUGGAGGUGUUAUCACCAAUAAAGGAUGGAGUAGUUGUUGACUGGGAUAUAGUUGACAGCAUCUGGGACCAUACCUUUAGGGAUUGCCUACUGAUUGAUCCAAAAGAACAUCCAAUGCUACUUGCUGAACCAUCUUCCAACAGUCAACAACAAAGAGAGAAGACAGCAGAGCUUAUGUUCGAAAAAUACAAAGUUCCUGCACUAUUUUUGGCCAAGAAUGCUGUUCUCACAUCUUUUGCCUCAGGACGAGCUACCUCUUUAGUUGUUGAUAGUGGUGGAGGCUCAACAAUCGUUGCUCCUGUACAUGAUGGUUAUGUUCUUCAAAAGGCUGUGCUGUUCUCGCCAAUUGGUGGAGAACUCCUUACUGAUUGCUUGAUGAAAAGUUUGGAGAGCAAAGGCCUCACUAUAAAGCCCAGAUAUGCUUUUAAAAGAAAGGAGAUUCGACCUGGAGAGUUUCAGACAGUGGAUCUUGAUUUUCCAAAUACAACAGAAAGUUACAAACUGUUCUCACAGAGGGUAAUCGCCAGUGAUAUUAAGGAAUCUGUGUGUAGAGCACCAGACACUCCUUAUGAUGAGAGUGCCUAUGCAAAUAUUCCUAUGACACCAUAUGAGCUUCCUGAUGGGCAGACUAUAGAAAUUGGAGCUGACAGAUUCAAGAUUCCUGAUGUUUUGUUCAAUCCAUCUUUGGUUCAGACUAUUCCAGGUAUGGAAAGUUCUGCAGAGAUUGCUGCUUCAGUUCGUGGUCUGCCACAAAUGGUUCUAGAGAGCAUUAAUAGGUGUGAUGUGGAUAUUCGAAGAGAACUGUUCAGUAGUAUUUUGCUUUCUGGUGGCACAGCAUCAAUGCAGCAGUUGAAAGAACGCCUUGAGAAAGACUUACUGGAGGAGUCUCCUCAAGCAGCUAGAGUUAAAGUAUUGGCAAGCGGAAAUGCAACAGAAAGGAGAUUCAGUGUCUGGAUAGGAGGGAGUAUAUUAGCAUCUCUUGGUUCAUUUCAGCAGAUGUGGUUUUCGAAGUCAGAGUAUGAAGAGCAUGGAGCAUCUUAUAUUCAAAGGAAAUGCCCUUAAAUUGCCGUCUGUUUUUCCCAUUAGGAAUCUUUCCGAGGCCCCAUAAUGGCUUUAGUUAUUGUUCAUUGAACUGCCAUCAAGUUGUAACCUUUGCCUGAUUCAAGUUUCAAAUGAUGUUGUCAUGAACUUAAAAUUAUCCCAGCAUGUGUGCUUGGUAGAGCAUAUACCCUAAUCUUAUACAGUUCUAUUGAUUUACUAAUUGGCCUUGCA